AAGCGUCAGUGGGUGUGUGUGAAGGGUGCAGCUCGUGGAGCUCCGUGAGUCGGGCAGUGAAGGGUUAAUGUUACAGUACAGAUACAGGACUGUGAGCUCGUGUCCACUCGCUCCAUUACUCGCUGCAUGCUACUCUACUUUCUCCAUUCCCACAGUGGGCACCAAAGAAGAGCUCUACACCUUCCAGCAUGGAUGCGUUAAAAUCCGCCGGGAGAGCAAUAAUCAAAAGUCCCGGAGUUCCGCGGCACACAUGGGGAACGUCCAAGCAUGAAAAGCUCCCAGAGAACUGGACGGACACCAAGGAGACACUCUUGGAAGGGAUGGUGUUCAACGUGAAGUAUCUGGGCAUGACUCUGGUUGGCCAGCCUAAAGGAGAAGACAUGGCAGCAGCUGCUAUCAGGAGGAUUGUAGCCACGGCUCGGCCCAGUACAAAGAAGUUUCGGAAAGUGACCCUCACUGUGUCCCCCAAAGGAAUCAUCAUCUCCGACACAGAGACCAAUGACCUCAUCGAGGACGUCUCCAUUUACAGAAUAUCUUACUGCACAACAGACAAAACUCAGGAUAAGGUCUUUGCUUACGUCUCCCAAAGCCAGUUCAAUGAAACUCUAGAGUGCCAUGCCUUCCUGUGCCAAAAAAAGAAAAUAGCUCAGGCUGUGACACUGACAGUUGCACAAGCUUUUAAAGUAGCUCUGGAUCAGUGGGAGAUCGCACAGGAAGACAAAAGUAAGAAAGCUCGCACAUGCUACUCCUGUUCAGACCCUGAAUCUCAGCCUGAAUCUGAACCAAACAGUGUUUCAGAGGAGGACAAGACUCGGGAUCUGAUGGAGCACAAACUUAGGAAGCCCUUCUUUCCUUCUUUCCUUUCACCAUCCCCACAGAGCAAAGCUAGGAGACGACCAAUCAAACAUGACUCCUGGGAUGCGGAAGAUGGCCUCGAUGAUGCAUUUUCAAGCAAUAUGGAGGUGGAGGAGAUGGACGCAGGUAAGUGAGACUGGCAACAUCCCGCAGCAGAACCAUGUCUGAGGAUGCAGCUGUGAGUCCAGUGGAAGAAGAUCUCCUUUCCUUCAGCAGUGAGGACUCAGACUGAACACACACACAUCACUCUCACCAGCCUAUCAGAAAGUGUCACACAACACCCCCCAGCUCCGCACACAAUGUGUGACAUAUGCCUCAGUGAUGGUCUCAUUCACACCACUGCCACUUAAAACAGCCACAAUACCACACAACAGCAGCAGAAACGUGCACAAUUCAAUUAUAAAACGAUUAAAUUCCAAUGUACUUACAUUGUAAUAAUGUAAGUUCAGGGUAAGUACUUGAUAAUACAACAUGUGUGAAACCGUAUGUUGAUAUGUAGUAUUCAAGCAUCUGUGUAAGCAAAUCUACUGCAUUAUAUCAUGUAAAAAGUGUAAAUCUUUUCAACACAUUGGUGCUAUAUUGUAGACACUUGGGUUGUGUUAAUUUAAUAUACAUUAACUGCAAACAUUGACAAUAGAGCAGACUCGACUUGACUUAAACAUGUACUUGAAAGGGAAACCUAAUUCCACAAAGACCAGACGUCUGUCCUUCAGCCCGGCGUUCUUCAGGUCAGAUGGUGUGUGGGUUGUUUCAGUCGAGUCCUUUGCGCUGAACAAACCCACUGCAAAGCUCUCAGACGAGUGUGAUUAGACAUGUACAGUACCAGAGCCGCAUGUGUUAGGGAGCUUUAGAUGUGCAGUUAUACACUCUAGGUGAACGUUUACAAAUAGAAGUAUGUAGAAUUGUUCAGGACUGAUAUUUCGAAGAAAUGUAAUUCAAUUUCAGAUAUAUAUUGUUGGUCAGGGUGACGUUUGCUUACACAAUCAUGGCAGAAACUUUUCUGUGACCGUCAAAUUUUGAAAUAUUUUACAAAUGCCUCAAACACAUUUGAAUUUCUUUCUUCUUUAGAAUCCAAGAUAGUCUCGUGUAAAAGCCUUUCACACUGGCUUCCAGCCUCAAGUGUUAGAAUUAUUAUUAUUGUUUAUAUUUACAGGACAGUGUUUCACCCUAUUGAUUGUCAUCAAUGAAACCUAUUUUUAAUUUGAAUUCAUUUAAAUAUAUGCAACUUUAAUAUUUACUGAAUUUUUUUUGUUCAAAUGAUUUCAAAAUCAUAACUGAUUUGGUAAAAAAUAAAAAAAUAAAUAUAGGUGUUGAAUAGAAAAGGCACAGAAAUUGAUAUCACUGUUUUCUAUAGGUUCUGUCAUUUCUUUGCUUUAUAAGAGCUAAAGAAUAUUACACUGUGGCUCUCAGAAAUGAAAAAUAAUCAUAUUCCCAUGAGUCCCAAUCAGUCUCCAGCAGCUAGCGCUACUACCAUUCUGCCCUUUUUACAUUACAUUAAAAUGCACGCUCAGAAAUCUCUUCAUCAUUCCCUGAAAUCAUUAAACAUUAAGUCUUUGGGCCUCAGUGGCUCUCUCAGCUUUUUUCUCUUUUGUGCAUUUUUGAACAUGCACUAUUUCUGCUCAAAAUUACAGAUCAAAAUAUUGUACCAUUGUACCAUUUUAACCAUUGUCCUGCUGAAAUAAGUUUAAUUUAAUUUAAUAGAAUAAAUACUGUAAUAGAAGUGUAUUCUGUCUUAGUUCAAUUAGUGGUGUUCUGGUUAUUUUGAUUAAUCAUAUUGAAUAUGUCUGUGGGUUAAUUAUUAAUGUUUGUUCUGAUUUGACUGUUUAUGCAGUUUCCA